AUGAGACAUGUCAUAUCGAAGAUAUCACCGUUAGUCGGUGCGAGAACUCAGUGUUCCCAAAAAACAGUCGUUUUGGCUAACCGUGUAUUGCGAAGGAGUAUUUACACUAAAGAGAAACAGAACGUUAGAUCACUGGAAGAUCUUGCGAAAUUACAAUCUUUAGAUGGUGUAGAUCCCGAGCUGAUUAAGAAGUUGAUCAAUGAGCGUACCAGUGAACUCAAUAUUAAGGAUGAACUCGAAAUGCUCAAAAAUUUCAACAAAGAAGAUGCAUUGUCAAGAGAAUCACCAUUGAAGAGGUUUACAAGACCACUUUGGAUCUUCAUGUUGAUGAGCUCAACUGUUUAUUUGUUUGCACAUUUCAUUUGGUGGGAUUUAGAGUAUGAUGAAAGGGACAUAGAAUUAGCAACGCAAGUUGAGAAGCUGGAAGAAGAACUACAAACAAUAAUAAAAAACAAAUCUAGUAUACCCCUUAAGAGAUCAAAUGAUAACAAAACGAAUAGUGUCUCAUGGUACAAACGCUGGUUUUGGUGA